UUACCCUACCAGAUAUUUUAAAUUCAAUAACCAUACUUUUAACUCAAAUACAACAAUAUAUUGGUCAAAAGCUAUCAGAUGACUAUUAUAAUAAGAUUAUGCAAGCGAUUAAUUAUGAUGAUUUAUUAAGAGUAGCAGUUUUUAAUGAUGGUGAAUUGUGGUUACUACUCCAGCAUUAUUUAUAA